UCAAAAAAAAAAAAAAUCAAUUUAUUGGCAAUAUUUAAAAAUCAAGAGAUUUUAUGUAAACACUUGGAUUUCCUGGCACUCUUGAAAAAGAUCUAGCACAAUGGGCUGGAGGUGAGCGGCCACUGCAGCCCGUAGUUCUUACUCCAGCCCCCAGUCCACCCCAUUACAUCACACUUGGCUGUUUGCACUCCUUGAUCCUACUUACCUGCCUAUCCCCGGAGGCCUUUGAGUCUAAAAUUCCCGGUCUCUUUUCACAACUCUACUUACCCCUACAACUGAGUGUUGAAAUAAAUAAACUGAAAGCAAGAAAGGUUGACUGUUUUGAAGGAAAUAUUUCAUCUAAGCUCUAGGAAGGCUCUACUCCACACAAGCUGUGCCACAUGAAGGACGCCCUCUGGUGCCAGAAUUAUUCUCGGCGGGGGGCCCAGAACCAGUUACUAUACCUUGAACUCAUGCCAAUGAGCUGGGCACACUUUUUCCUUAAAUGGAUUAAUCUAAUCUAAACGAAAAUUUUAGAUCGCAUUAACCCACUUUAGAAUAAAUCUAAAUGGCAAUCUAAAUUGUGCGGUUACCGUUUUGAUUAUAUUAUUGUAUGUUGAUUAAUCAAAGUGCCGCCCUAAAUCCCGCUGUGACUCCGUGGGUAGUAGGGUGGGUAGGUAGGUGGGUUUGACACAACGGGGAUUUAUCGUGUUUGGGAGGCUCAGCAUCUAAAUCCUCUCUAAGGAGUGUUCAUCUACCCUAUGAAACACCCCUUUUCGACAAGACAGGGAUGCAACAGGGUCAAGAAGGUGGAACGUACCAAAGGACACAGUGCGUAGGCGCGCUCGAAACCUCGGCCGAUAUUCUCGGCGCCCAGACACCGUCCACUUGCACUGCGCAGGCUCCGAGACAGAUCAAGCUUUCCCUCCCCCUACCAGCUCUCCGAGAGUCAAGAGGACGCCCUCCUGCCGCAGACUUCCUGCGCAAGCGCCAUCCCAUGUCCCCGCCCCCAAACCAAUUGGAAGCGGCGCCGCCUGGGCGCUUGGGGCACGACGCUGUGGGUGGGGUCAGGACGUGAGGGCAGCGCGCUGGCGUCAGAGGCGCGGCUAUAUAACUGAACACAGGCACCGCCCCUCUGCCCCAGUCACUGAGCCGCCGCCGAGGACUCAGCAGCCUCCCCCUUGAGCCCCCUCGCUUCCCGACGUUCCGUUUCCCCCCUGCCCGCCUUCUCCCGCCACCGCCGCCGCCGCCUUCCGCAGGCCGUUUCCACCGAGGAAAAGGAAUCGUAUCGUAUGUCCGCUAUCCAGAACCUCCACUCUUUCGACCCCUUUGCUGAUGCAAGUAAGGGUGAUGACCUGCUUCCUGCUGGCACUGAGGAUUAUAUCCAUAUAAGAAUUCAACAGAGAAACGGCAGGAAGACCCUUACUACUGUCCAAGGGAUCGCUGAUGAUUACGAUAAAAAGAAACUAGUGAAGGCGUUUAAGAAAAAGUUUGCCUGCAAUGGUACUGUAAUUGAGCAUCCGGAAUAUGGAGAAGUAAUUCAGCUACAGGGUGACCAACGCAAGAACAUAUGCCAGUUCCUCGUAGAGAUUGGACUGGCUAAGGACGAUCAGCUGAAGGUUCAUGGGUUUUAAGUGCUUGUGGCUCACUGAAGCUUAAGUGAGGAUUUCCUUGCAAUGAGUAGAAUUUCCCUUCUGUCCCUUGUCACAAGUUUAAAAACCUCACAGCUUGUAUAAUGUAACCAUUUGGGGUCUGCUUUUAACUUGGACUAGUGUAACUCCUUCAUGCAAUAAACUGAAAAGAGCCAUGCUGUCUAGUCUUGAAGUCCCUCAUUUAAACAGAGGUCAAGCAAUAGGCGCCUGGCAGUGUCAAGCCUGAAACCAAGCAAUACCGUCAUGUUUCAGCCAAGCCCAGAGCCCUAAGAUUACAAACAACUAUGGCCGGAACCUCCUCAGCUCUCCCUCUGCAGAGUUCCCUACCCUAAGAGAAUGUUACCACCCGAACAGUCCUCGGUGAAUCUGAGAGGAGAGGAUGGGGUAAGGCAGAAGCACCAGCUGUACUACUAGAAGGGAGCUUUUGGUGGUAGAUCCCCUGGUGUCUCCAACCUGACUAGGUGGACAGAGCUCAAAGGAGGCCCUCUUCCCGCUAGCGAGGUGAUAGGACAUCUGGCUUGCCACAAAGGUCUGUUUGACCAGACAUAUCCUAGCUAAGGGAUGUCCAAACAUCAGAAUGUGAGGCCAACCUUCUAUCAGAGUUAAACUUUUGACAAGGGAACAAAUCUCAAACUGAUCCAUCAGUCAUGUAGCUAGCUGUAGAGCUUGCAACUUAAUAGCAGCAGCUGCCCAAUGCCAUGUGAAGUAACAAACUGGUUUUUGGUUUUUUUUCCCCUUCAGUUUUAAUGUUAUGUGUAAUGUAUUUAAACCCUUAUUUAAAUAAAACUUGUUUUCAGAAAUA